CAAAGCAGCGAGGAGGAGGGGGAGGAAGAGGAGGAGGAGGAAGAGCGCUUCCCACAUCUCCAGACAGUCCGGCUUGACGCGCCGAGUCUGACUUUACGCACAAAGCGCGCGCUCGGACUUUGCGGCAAAGACUUAAUGUUGUAUUUAAUUUUUUAAGUUUUAAGACUUUUAUUGGUUCAAACACAUUCGGAGCCGCCACCGGGAAACUUAUUCCGUCUUGCAAACUGAACUCGCGUCUUAUUUUGUGCGUGCGUAAAAAUGAGUGCGCUUUUUUUUUUUUUUUUUUUUGUUGUAGUUGUUGUAAAAAAAUGAGCUGUGCUGAGGGAAAACUCGGCGCGUUUCCAGUCCAAUAAUUGGGAGGACUGCCGACACGGAGCAGAAAGUCACGAUUUAAGCUCCAAAAAAAAAAAAAAGAGGGACGAGCGUCUCCCUCAUCCUAGGGUCUCUGCGCGCCGGAGUGUCCCCGCUGAGCUGAGGCCGGGUGGUGCUGACAUGCUGCCCAAAGUCGAAACGGACUCGCUGCUACUUUCUCGAUCGUAUGGGGAACAGGGACACAUGCCAAGGAACUUGCAAGCCCCUCAAAUAAAAAUGAUGGACUACUCCUAUGACGAAGACCUGGACGAGAUGUGUCCCGUGUGUGGAGACAAGGUGUCGGGGUAUCACUACGGACUCCUCACCUGUGAGAGCUGCAAGGGCUUCUUCAAGCGCACGGUCCAGAACAACAAGCGCUACACAUGUAUAGAGAACCAGAGUUGCCAGAUUGACAAGACCCAGAGGAAGCGCUGCCCGUACUGCCGCUUUCAAAAGUGCCUCAAUGUCGGCAUGAAGCUGGAAGCUGUGCGAGCUGAUCGUAUGCGUGGAGGACGCAACAAGUUUGGCCCAAUGUACAAACGUGACCGGGCCCUAAAGCAACAGAAGAAAGCGCUGAUUCGGGCUAACGGACUGAAAAUCGAGGCCAUGACCCAGGUGAUGCAGGCUGUGCCCACCGACCUCACCAUCUCAUCAGCUAUCCACAACAUCCACUCAGCUCUCUCCAAGGGCCUUCCACUGAGCCACCACACAGGCCACCACACUAGUCACCACCAUCACCACCACCACCAUCAUGCCACCGCCUUACCCCCCACAGACUAUGACCGCAGCCCGUUCGUCACUUCACCCGUCAGCAUGGCAAUGCCGCCGCAUGCAGGUAGCUUGCAGGGCUAUCAAACGGCCUAUGGACACUUCCAAGGCACACGCACCAUCAAGUCCGAGUACCCAGACCCGUACACCAGCUCCCCGGAAUCCAUCAUGGGCUACGCUUACGUCGAUGCCUACCAGUCAGGCUCACCACCCAGUUUCCCCCACCUGAUCGUAGAGCUGCUCAAGUGUGAACCGGACGAGCCCCAGAUUCAAGCAAAGACUGCCUACCUGCAGCAGGAGCAGGCCAGCCGAGGCAAGCACGAGAAGCUCAACACCUUCGGACUCAUGUGCAAGAUGGCCGACCAGACGCUCUUCAUCGUGGAGUGGGCUCGCAGCAGCAUCUUCUUCCGUGAACUCAAGGUCGAUGACCAGAUGAAACUUCUACAGAACUGCUGGAGUGAACUCCUCAUCCUCGACCAUGUCUUUAGGCAGGUGGUACAUGCCAAAGAGGGCUCCAUUUUAUUGGUCACUGGCCAACAGGUAGACUACGCAGUGAUCGCAUCACAGGCCGGGGCCACCCUCAACAAUCUGUUGAGCCACGCCCAGGAGCUGGUGGCCAAACUACGAUCUCUGCAAAUGGACCAACGGGAGUUUGUCUGCCUCAAGUUCCUGGUCCUCUUCAGCCUUGAUGUGAAGAACCUGGAGAACUUCCACCUGGUAGAGAGCGUCCAGGAGCAGGUGAACGCGGCGCUGUUGGACUACGUCAUGUGCAACUACCCGCAGCAAACGGACAAGUUCGGCCAGCUGCUCCUGCGGCUGCCGGAGAUACGAGCCAUCAGCCUGCAGGCCGAGGAAUAUCUUUACUACAAGCACCUGAACGGCGACGUGCCGUGCAACAACCUGCUCAUCGAAAUGCUCCAUGCCAAGAGAGCCUAGGAAGGGGACUGCAUUACCCACAAUGCAGCUGCACGGACACCCGAGGAACGCGGCCUGCUUUUGACUCUGCGAAGAUGGACACAAACUGAUAUUGUGAGCAGGGAAAAACAGGAACACUUGAACCAAACAAAGACGAUUAAUGUUCGCAAAGAUGUAUAAUAUUAUGAGUUGUGUUUGGACAUUUAUCAGUGGGCUGGUACUGUACGGACAAAUGGACAUGCGGUCAAGCAGCGAGGACUUUUUACCUGCCGUCACUGAACUCACCUGCACGGCAGCGGCAGCUUGACCUGACCAAAAACAGGACUGAUAUUAAAAAAAAAAAAAAAGGUCCACAUUGAACAAAAAUGGUAACAAGUUCAAGAAGAAGAAAAUAACGUUCUUGUUAUAGAAAGUCCUCAUGUUCACGUGCGCGUCCCAUUUUAAGCAAUGUACCUCAGAAAGUCCUGUGUUAAAUAAAUUCAUUUCAUAAUAUCAGCUUAAAAAAACUUGUAUUUAUAAGCAUUUUUUUCCUGCAGAAAUAAAUAACCUUCCUUUUACCAUUUAGUACCAAAAAAAAAAUAAAAAAUGGCCAAAACAAUAUAAUUUUUUGGUUGGGAUUUAGCCUGCCUUUGCCCGCAUAGACCAAAGCCUGCUGCAGAAGGGAAGAAGGAACGUACACAAAUCUUUAGAAUCAGUAUUAUUAAAAAAAAAAAAAAAAAAAAAUUGUGAUGUCACAGUUAUGUGAGUCUUGCCUUAUUUCAUUACCAUGCUAGCUAACCGUGCAGAUGUGAAUGAAAAUAUGUACAAAUAUAUAUAUAGAAAUAAAGUAUUAAUGUUGUACAAUUUGAAAAAAAAAAAAAAAAAAAAAAAGAAUAAUAACAGGUGUUUACAUUCAUGUGGUCAUAUGGGAGACAACUGUGAUGAUGAUGAUGAUGAUGAUGCAUCAAUUGCAAAGCAAUGAUUUCCUAAAAAACAAACAAAAAAAACCAUCAAUGACACGGAGAAAAUCAGCUACUUCUUUUUUUCUUUUUCUUUUUUGCGUGUACAGUGUUUUAGUUUCUUUUUAUUACUUCAAUUAUGUCGUGAGACACUAAAAUCAUGAAGGAAUCACGCAUAAACGUGUCAUUUCCAACUGUGUCUUUUUACGUAUGGCUGUAUCACUUUUUUUGUAGAACUUUUAUUCAAUAUUACUAUUAUUAUUAUUAUUAUUAUUAUUAUUAUUAUUAUUUACAGUGCUUUGACCUUUUUGAUGUACAGAAUGUCACUGGUUACGCUUAAAAAUGAAAAUAAUU